AUGCCGCCCGUGAAAGAAGGCCGAGUCACAAAAUUAAAAGCCAAGAGACCGCGAACCACAACCCGACGCGUCUCUAACAAAAUCUCACUGGUAGAACAGACCAACGCAUUGUCCAUUGACGACUUCAUCGCUCACUACGUGACUCCAACACAAGCAGGAGAUCCAGCCAAUAAUGAUGCGAUUAAUCAACCAAAUCCAUCCAAAAACCAGCCACAGCAGGAUAUGACUCCCGCACCACGCGUGGACGUCUAUUCCGCGGCAACAAUCUCCGCUGCUGAUCUGGAUGCAUGUCUGGAUCUAAUCGAGCAAACCUCGAGCGAAGCCUACAGCGCGUCGCCUGCAGGCUGGUCGCGCACCAAAAAGCGGAAAGAGAUGAAGUUGCCCGACAUGAAGUAUUUGGUUCUGCGGGAUACGCCGAAUGAUUCUAGUGAUUCUAGCGGGCAAGUUCCCGGAGCGAAGCAGAGUGAUGUCGCAGACAACAAUGCUCCGUCUCCGCCUCCGAAAGAAGGCGAUGAGUCUAUUUCAUCGUCUGGUGCUGGUUCUCCGAAUGUGCUCGGCUUUUUAUCAUUUAUGGUUACCUACGAGGAUGGAAAGGAGGUUGUUUACUGCUACGAGAUUCACUUGUCGCCGGCGGCUCGGGGACGGGGCGUCGGGAGGUUGCUUAUGGGUCGGAUGGAGGGAAUCGGUCGUGCUGUCGGCUUAGAGAAGUCUAUGUUGACGGUUUUCAAGUCGAAUGAGAUUGCUCGGCGGUUCUAUGAGCGGCUUGGGUAUGAGGUUGAUGAGUACUCGCCCCGACCGCGCAUGUUGCGCAAUGGGACUAUUAAGGAUGUGGAUUAUUUGAUCUUGUCGAAGACGUUGAAAUUAUAA